ACACCAUGGGACUCAAUUAAUGCCCAUUUGCUGCUGCCCUAAUCAAACCCCAGCCCAAUGGUCAUCCUCACCCGCUCGUCAUCAUAUACGUCGUCAAACUACUAACACAAACAAACGGACGCGCCAUGUCGUUCCAACAGCACCCACGGGUUUCCGCCUCCGCCCCUGCAGGUUUUAUCACUGCCCGCCCUAUAUCACAAAUCGCCUCGCCCUUGCUCUUGAAGCGUCUCCAACAGCAGAAAAAGAAGCUUGCCGAAGAUUCGAAAGCUACCUCCCCCAUAUCCACAGGCGAACGGACACCGGAAUGUCAUAGUCCUACAACCAAUAACGACCAAAUGGCGCCUACCAAACCUGCACCGCCAUCGGCGAGAUCUAACCCAGGUCGACGUGGCGAUGCUAAUCGAAGGAUUGAGGGAAUGGGCGCUCGGGAGAUGGAUCAAGUUAGUUUGUCUUCAUUGUGCUUUACAGAAUAAUAAUUAUUAAACGCUCUCCUGGGAGACUGGAAUGCUGAUCUCUAUAAAAUAGUAUCUCUCAAAGCUCAAGAAAGAGAAUUUUGAUCUUAAACUCACGCUCUAUCAUUCGCGAGAAAAAUCUGCUAAAACUGAACAUGAGCUUGCUGAAGCACGCGAUCAGCUUACUGGCGUUCAAUCUCGGAAUGCCGAACUAACGGAGCUCAACGACCAGCUUUAUGCCGAGCUAGAGGCUCGUGAUCAGGCAUUGGGGGAUGCGGUUAGGAUGAUAACGACUUACGAAGAUCGUGUGACUGAGUUGGAGAAGUGUUUGAACGUGGGAAGAGAUAUUCAACGGGAGGGGGCGCAGACUGAGGUGGGACGCCGAGGUGGAUCGGAGUCUUCGACGGUGCUCAAUCUUGAAGAGGGUGGGAAUUUUGAUUGUGAGGGAAAUUGUGGUGAUAAUAAAUCUGGGAUUCCAGACUACCCCACUACUGGAAUAUCUCCUUUCACUCACCGACCGUCGCCACGUCUGGCAACUCCUUUUCGCCCUCGUGCUCAUGGGUCAGGAGGCAGGCUUGUCUCUCCUUCUUCUUCGGUUAAUUCAAAUCUUAUCGACCUGAACACUCCGCUAUCGAGUUCACAAGAUACUUCAAGUUUUCUAAGAUCAGCGUUUGCUUGUGUCGAUACCCAUACGCCUCUACGAUCGAGGGCUGUAUCGUCAAACAUGUCCUUUAUAAACAGAUGUUCGUCUGUAAUGAGCGAUAGCCCUGGACGUUUACAUACUGGUCAAUCCCCGGACGACGAUUCUGUUCUUGACUCACCUCGACUGAGUGAGCUGAGUGACAGUAGCUUCGCAAGCAUGUAUGGCGAACGGGAUGGUGUUGCCUCUGAGGGAUCUGGGGAUGAAGGAGGAAUGCUUUCAGAUAACUGUGAUAGCUCUAUUUUCAAGGGGAUACCAUCCAGAAUUGAUAUAGCGCAUGGAUCUGAAACGCCGAACCGGAGGGCUAGUCCGAGAAGGGAGAUCAUUGGGUUCAAAGUGAGGGGGCGGGAAAACGGAUCAUCUGCAUUUGCUCGGAACGUCUUGCCCCCUACACCGGAAUCAAUAUCCCCAAGGAAGUGUAAUGGGUUUAAGCUCAUCGACGACGAAGCCCUUGUCUCCCAUCUCCCCCAAAGUCCGGUUUCUUCUAGUGAGGGGAAGAGCAUCAUGACUUCUAAAUGCAGUACUUAUGGCACCGAUGCAAGUGAUGGCAGUUUGUCGACGAGCGGAAUCAAUACACCCUCGACUCCACUGCCAUGGGAGUACGAGGACCAGGAAGAGGGGGCAAGAGCUAAUUGCGGGAAUCAAAAAUCAUCUCCGCAUAAAGGUCCCAGUUUUGCAGAUAUUACCAAUACGCAAGGGAGACUUGGGUGUAGGGAUAGGCUGAGCCGCGGAGAAGGCGUGAAGAAACCAACGGGGAAAGCUGAAUCCUUGACGUUACCAAGGCAUGUCAACUCGCGAAUUGGUAGUGCACGAAGUGGUGUUUGUUGCGGUCGCCAAAGUGCUUCGCUCAGAGCUCCUCUUCCUCCGGUGAAGACAAAUGGUACAUCCACUAACGCUCCUUUAACCAAUAUACAAACUCCGCCUUGGACCCCUUGUACACCGGACAAUGAAACGACUAAGCGCAAUAGUCGAGCUCUUCCUGUGAUCAAAAGAAAGGAUAGUUGGGAAAGCAUCGGAUCCUCUCUUGGGAAGCACGAUGUGAAGGGCAAGGGGAGUCGUGGGAACCGAAUACCCCGGCGAAAUACCAUUGCUCUAGCUUCGAAUAUUGCCAUCCCGCCGAAGAAGAAAGUUGGUACACCGGACCAAGCCUCGGCGGUCGACAAGAGAAAGUCAUCGAUUCCUGCUCUCGUCAGGUCGAACACUACGGGGGGCAGGGGCACGAAAGGGGCCGCCAGCAAGCCAGUCAAUCAGAAGGGUCGCAGGAACGUGAACUAAGCAAGGAGGUCGGGAGGGAAGGCUGAGGGACAUGUAAUGAUAUCGUUCCGUUGUCGAAAACCUUUUGUCUUGCUCUGAAGGGGAUGGGCUUUGGUACUGAGCAGAAGCAAGAUCGCAGCAACGUCACGGUCCUUGUACAGCUUAUGCUAGGUGUGAAGAGCAUCCGAAUGUCCAACGCAAACACUAGCUCAGCAAACCUUUCGUUAGGAAAAGAAAACAGAAACGCAAAUAAGAGCAUUGACUCUCUACACUCCUUUACUCGCAUCUCUCUAACGUCCUACAAAAAACCUUCCUCUCGUUGCCGGCAAUUUCAUUUGUUUUGGUGCUCUCUUUUAGAAAAAUCAUUAUUCUUAGAAAGGAUCGGUCGGUUUGGUGGUUUACUUUUUCACCUUUUCAGAAUUAAUUGUUCUCACAGGGCGUAUAACGGGUUGUCUUAUGGCUUUUGUAUAGUCUCAGCUAUUUUGUAUAGCCUUUCCCCCCUCUCUUUCUUCGUGCCCUUGACUGAUCAGUCGUGCUCCUCCUCCCGCUAUUAAGUUACCCGGUGUCUGUUGUUUUUCUUGUGUGGGGGUUGGACUAGAUUGGCCGGGGCGUUGGGGUGGGGGUAAAGGGAGUUAGGUGGUGAAAGGGGAAUGGAGAGUGCGAAAGAGAGGUGGGGGGGAUUCAUGCUUUUCUUUAGUAUCUGCUUGAUGAUUAUGAUGAUGACAACCUCCUUUGUUAUUGAAAUCGUUAUGAUGAUGUUUUUCCUUUUUUCAUUCUUUUUUCAUUUUUAUGACUUUUGAUGUGGAUGGGUGGGUUUUAUGAUGAUGUGGAUUGUAUGGUACUGUGUGGUAACACAGCUCCUCGUCACUGGCUCGUUAUACUGAGGAUGCCAUUUUUUGUCACUUUAGGACACAACCUACUGCCGGUCUUCAAUUAUUACAACAUCCUGCAAGUAAGGGGGUUCGUUCGCCGCGGGCGCCUGGG